UCCUGGAAGAGUUAGUGCUGCAAGGGGUUUUGGGUAUAUGUUCUGUUGUGUUUGUCAUUCUUGUUUGGUGUGAGUUCACAGUGUGGCUCAUAUUUGUAACAGUGUUAAAGUUGUUUAUACGGUCACCCUCAGUGUGACCUGUAUGGCUGUUGAUCAAGUAUGCCUUGCAUUCACUAGUGUGUGUGUGCAAAAGCCGCAUAUAAUUUGUGACUGGGCCGGCACGCUGUUUGUAUGGAGGAAAAGCGGACGUGACGACAGGUUGUAGAGGACGCUAAAGGCAAUGCCUUUAAGGCACGCCCCCAAUAUUGUUGUCCGGGAGAAAUUCGGGAGAAUGGUUGCCCCGGGAGAUUUUCGGGAGGGGCACUGAAAUUCGGGAGUCUCCCGGGAAAAUCGGGAGGGUUGGCAAGUAUGCCAGUGCCAUCUCCCUGAGCACCGGCUCCCCGCAGGGCUGCGUCCUGAGUCUGCUGCUGUUCACAUUGAUGACCCAUGACUGCUGCGCCAGGUCCACUACUAACCACAUUGUGAAGUAUGCGGACGACACGACGGUAGUGGGCCUCAUCCGUGACAACAAUGACCCGGACUACAGGGAGGAGGUGAAACAUCUGGUUGACUGGUGCAGAACCAGCAACCUGGUCCUGAAUGUCGACAAGACCAAGGAGAUCAUCGUCGACUUCAGGAGGCGCCAGACCAGCCACACUCCCUCCCCCCAUUCUCACCACAUUCUACAGAGGCACUAUAGAGAGCCUACUGACCAACAGCAUCUCUGUCUGGACUGAAGCCUGCAGUGCCUCAGACUGGAAGUCUCUGCAGAGAGUGGUGAGGACGGUGGAAAAGAUCAUCAGUACUCCUAUCCAGGAAAUCGCAAAAAGCCGCUGCCUGACCAGGGCUCAGAAGAUCUGUAGAGACUCCUCCCAUCCCCACCAAGGACUGUUUUCACUGCUGGACUCUAGUAAGAGGUUCCGCAGCCUCCGUAGCAGAACCUUCUGGUUCUGUAACAGCUUCUUCCCUCAGGCCAUAAGACUCUUGAACGCAUCACAAUUAUCCCCUCAAUUCCCCCCAAAAACGGAUUAACUCGCUGGAUCAUAUAAGACAAUAUAACAUAAAUCACCUCCCUGAUACCGAAGUACAUGUCAAACUACUUCCUUAACGUAAAUGACCGCCAUAACCACAACACCAGGGGGAGCUCCACUAACCACGUUAAACCCAGAUUCCGAACUAACAAAGGUCUUAACUCAUUCUCUUUCUAUGCCACAUCAAUGUGGAAUGCGCUCCCAACAGGUAUAAAAGAAAGGGCAUCUCUAUCGUCCUUCAAAACCGCAAUAAAAGUUCACCUCCAGGCAGCUACAACCCUAAACUAACACCCUCCCCGUAUUGUUAAUAAUCAAAUGUAAAUAAUCAAAUGCAGAUACUUUUUCUUAUGCCUUCUGAUCUCUCUCUCUCUCUCUCUCUCUCUCUCUCUCUCUCUCUCUCUCUCUCUUUUUUUUUAUUUCUCUCUCUCUCUCUCUUUCUCUCUCUCUCUCUCUCUCUCUCUCUCUGCCCACUACUUGCUGUCCAUAUCCUACCAAGUCAGACCUACACUGUUCCAAUAUCCAUUUCUCUGUUCUCAAUUGUUGAUGACUGAUGAUAACAACCAAACCUGUAAAUAGUGUAAAUAAUUCAAUGUGAUUAUCUUGUGAGGUGACUGUAUUAUGAUGAUAAUAUAUAUUGAUAGUAUAUAUCUGUAUCAUUAAUCAAUUUAAGUGGACCCCGACUUAAACAAGUUGAAAAACUUUUUCGGGUGUUACCAUUUAGUGGUCAAUUGUACGGAAUAUGUGCUUCACUGUGCAACCUAGUAAUAAAAGUCUCAAUCAAUCAAUCAAUCAAUAAACUUCGAUGCAUAUGCAAACGUGCAAUAUUUAUCUGUACAGUAAUCGAUUUAUUUGUAUCUGCACCUUAUUGCUCUUUUAUCCUGCACUACAACGAGCUAAUGCAACGCAAUUUCGUUCUUAUCUGUACUGUAAAAUUAAAAUUUGAAUGACAAUAAAAGGAAGUCUAAGUCUAAUUAAUAAAUAUAUUCUGUUCAAGAUCACAUAUGAAAGUGUAAAAAUUAUGUUUGAUGAGUGAGUAAAGCUAUGUUUGGAUAUUGUAUUUAAUACAACAACUCUGAUAUCAAUUAAGACUAUAGCAAAUAUAUUGAUUUACUAGUUGAUGUGUUUUUUUGACGAGAGGUGACAUGCGUGUCGAAUUUACGACACACCGUGAAUGCAGCAGCAGGCCGGCUGAAUUUGUCGUGUUGCCUUCCGACGCGCCCACACUCUGCUGCCAUUCUCCCCUUUCUUUCAACUUUAAAACCAUGAAUGGCGACUUCUACCUCCUCUAACGACGACGAAUGUCCCUUCUGUCAGAUAGCCAAUAACCAGAGCGACACAGAAAUCCUCCUGAGUAAUGACGAGCUGCUGUGCUUCCGGGAUGUGAAGCCGGCUGCCGGCCAUCAUUACCUCAUUGUUACCAGGACUCACAUCGACAACUGUAAAGCUUUACGGGAGGAGAACAUUCCCACAGUGGAGCAGAUGGCAGAGAUGGGAAGGCUUAUCUUAGAGCGAAACAAAGUGAGAGAUCUGGAAGACAUCAGGCUAGGCUUUCAUAUUCCUCCCUUCACAUCCGUCCCUCACCUUCAUCUGCACGCUUUGGCUCCUGCGAGCAAGAUGAAUGUAAGCUCUCAGCUCAGAUACGGUCCACAGUCACACUGGUUCAUCACGGUAGAGAAAGCGCUUUCUCAGCUGAGGACACGAGGCAGAAUUAAAUGAAGAGAUGAUGUUUACAUCA